AUUUAAGUAUGAAAACAAAGUACAUACAUAAUAAAAUUAUAUAUAAUUAUUAGUUUCUACGUAUAGACCACGUAAUUUUAUUACUGCGAAGCUUCCAGACUUCAUCAGUAAACUGAAAAAACAGUAAUCAAUUUAAAGAGAGAAAUCUCCUGAUUUUAAAGUUCUUUUCAAGUUAUUUUACCUCAAGAGAAUUUUACAACUUUUCCCUUAUAAAUUAGGAGAAAGCAUUAGAUGAAAAUUAGAAAUGUUUCUGAAACAUAUUCUUAUAACUGGAAUGAUUAUCGCAGCUGAAUACUGAAUACUCGAAAUUGCAAGUAUUCGACCUUCCUCUAGGGAUUUCAAGCAAUGUUAAGAAGGAAACGUUGUGUUAUAAAUAUGUGAUUACGUUGAUUAUAAAAUUUUUUUACGAUUUAUUUUUUUGUAUCGCCGAGGAGAUUAAGAACUUUUUCUCAGUAACUCAGCUAUAUCCAAUUACCUGCUAUAUCUGACACUCACAGAGGAGGCGUACUGAUAAUUUGGUGGCCUAAUUGCAGGUGGCCUACAUGCAGGGUGCCUCUGGAAACCAAUAAAACCAGUCAUUGUUAAGAUUUGAAUGAAUGCCCUGUUCGCGAAUUUUUGUCCGUGGGGAUUUAAGGCAACUUUCAAGAUGCUAAAUAUGAAAAAUUUUAAAUUUGUUAGAGUAAGGGGCAUGCCCAAGAGGGCCAUGAGACAUGAAUUUAAAUAUUGUUAUCCAUAAUUGUAUACUAUUAUUAAUAAAAACACUGUGAGUCCCAACAUGGUGCUUAGGCAUUCAAACUCUAUUACAGUAGUUCUCGUUUUUUCUGAGUCACCCUGUACAUUUUCACUAUGGUGGACUAUGAAGUCGUUUCCACACGACCAACCAGCUCGUACAAAACAUGGCCAACCGCUCAAGAAGGCAACACUUUCUCAUAUAAAGCUGUUUCUUUAUGCAUGUCCAUGGCCGAUGCCUGCUUAGAAGUCUUCAAAUGGCAAAAAUGUUUCGAAGGGACACGAGGUUGCACGGUACGGAAGCAAGCUCUUAUCCCCUGAUCUGAGCCCGCCAUUAAUAUUUAAUACUCCGAUAGUUCAUUCUAAAUAUUUCACCUCUUCUUGUCAUGAUAUUGUGUUAACAUAUCAUAUGACACUGUAUACAUUGUGUUGCACGCGCGGGGUGCCGAGAACUGCCUGAAAUUGAUAGAGGGUUAUAUAAAUUAUCAGCAAAUUCCUUGCAAAGCCAGUGUAAAUAAACACGGCUGAAAAAUGGCGGAAAAUUCCGAAAUGCCGGCGUUGCUUCGACCAUCAGCUCAAGUCGCAAGGAAAAGGCAAAAUGAUUUGCCUAUUGUUCUGAGAAAAUUGAGGCUAAAUACUCCAGAAUGGGUGCGAGAGGCUUUGGCUGAAUUCAUGGGAACCUUCAUACUUUUGGUAUACGGCAAUGCCUCAGUGGCUCAAUCUGUUUUAAGUGAAGGUGAAGCUGGUGAAUUCCUAUCAGUCAAUUUCUCUUGGGGAAUGGCCGUGACGAUGGGCGUCUACUGGGCCGGAUCAAUAUCAGGUGCUCAUAUCAAUCCUGCGGUGACCUUAGCGUUUGCCUCCGUUCAAAGGUUUCCUCUCUGGAAAGUUCCGAUCUACAUAAUAUCACAGAUGCUGGGAGGAAUUAUAUCUGCCGCGUUUGUCUACGCUAUAUACUUUGAUGCAAUUGAACAUUUUGAUGGUGGGACUCGACAAGUUCUUGGAAGUAAAGGAACAGCGGGAAUUUUUGCAACGUAUCCGAAAGAUUUUGUCACCAACAUGACUGGCUUUUGGGACCAGUUCUUCAGUACUGCAAUGCUAGUGGCGCUACUAUUUGCAUUAAUCGACAAAAAGAAUGGCAGUAAACCGAACUCAGGUCUGGCUCCACUCAUUAUCGGUUUUAUCGUAUUUUUGAUCGGAAUGACAUUUGGAUUUAACUGUGGUUACGCAAUUAACCCGGCCAGGGAUCUGGGACCUAGGAUAUUCACUGCUAUGGCUGGAUGGGGAAGUGAAGUAUUCACGGCACAUAAUCAUUGGGCGUGGAUUCCACCAAUAGCGUGCAGUCUGGGAGGAAUUGUUGGAGCCUAUCUUUAUAUUUUCACUGUGGAAAUUCAUCGGAAGCCAGAGGUGGAAAUUACUGACGAUCAUGCAGAUACGAAAAACGAAAGGAUUGCUAUGGAAGCCAAUCAGAACUGAGAACUCCUCCUCAGACAUGCACAUAUUGUAUUGUAGACAAGAGGAAUGGAUAUACAUUUAUUUCAAGCUUUGUAAAUUAUAGUUAGUGUUAACUUUGAUAUCGUGUAUUUUCAUAAACGAAUCACAAGCCUACGAUAAUUGCGUCAAUUAUAUAAAUCUAAUGGUGAUCUAUUGUUGAUUUCAACUCAUUUACGUGAAGAAUCUAAUGCUAAUUUAUAUGUUAUAUGUUUUAGUAAUUUCGGGCAUUAAAAUUAUUCAAAAUUAUAAUCAUGUGUCAUAUCAAAAUACAACAUAUUAUGUAAAAUCACCUCGCUAUUCUUAAUGAUGUGAUAUAUACUAUUUGCAUUUAUACAUUAUUUGACUUUUGU